AUGGCUAAGAUAAACAAAAAGCGAGAAAACAUGAAAGCAAUGAAGAAGAAAAAAGUGAAGAUGAGCAAGGGAGAGAGGAUCCAGAAAGUGGAAAUUUCCGGAAAAGUACCUACAGAAGAAAAAAAUGUAGUCCUGUCAACGAGUUCCAAUGAAAAUAGCAGCAUGCAAGUUCCGUUGAACAUCGAUUAUAAUUCUUUGCAAACACUGCGAUAUGGAAUUAGUGAAAAAUUCAAUUCGGAAAGACAUCUGUUUUUAAAAAAAGAUCCUGCAAAUCAGUGUUCGUUAAUUAUUGCCAAUGUACCUCCAUAUAUCACACCAGUUGCAUUGGGACGAAUUUUAGCUGAACUUGGUUCUGGUAGACCGGAGGAAGUAAUCGCACAGCGUGGAACAGCGACCACUAAUAUUACGGAUGGCUUUUACACGGCAUCUGCUCGCUUGAAAACAGAAAGUGCUGUUGAACAAGCAUUACAAAAUUGUGAAAAGAUCCCUUUUCUUUAUCUGAGCAAUAUCGAUGUUGAAUUGAUACAAAAUGGAGCAACAAAAUGGUGUGAUGAAUAUCGCAAGUCUUUCAAGACAAUAGAACAGUUACAGGAAAGCGUGGAUUCGUACAUCAAAGAGUCUGAUGCUAAAAUUCUGGAAGAAAAACAAAAGGCUAAAAGGAUGGCGAAUGUUCCCGACGAGGAUGGGUGGAUAACUGUUACAAAAUCGCAUCACAAGACUGUACCGCGUGCUAUCGUUGUGAGGAAUAAGGAGGAUUUGCUAAAAUUGUCGAAGAAGAAAAAACGCGUAGAAGAUAACAUUGCUUUCUAUUCAUUCCAAUUGAAGCAGUCAAAAUUGAAACAUCUUGAGGAACUGAGACGGAAAUUUGCCGAAGACAAGAAAAAGCUGGCAAUAGCAAAAGCAGCAAGGAAAUUUCGUCCAACAUGA